AUGGUUGAAUUAUACAGUGGUGAUUUCAACAAUGUUGGGGAAAUGGCGAUUAACUCGAUGAGUUUUGGAGGGAAAAGGCCAAGCAAGGCGGAUAAGAGAAAAGCUAGAAUGGCCGAGAUAGCUGAAUACACAGGCAGGCAUCAUCAGGAUACCCUGAGAAAGGAACUACGAAAGAUUCCGAUUCAGUUUGUCAUGGCUGAAGAAGUUUACAACCCAGCAGAAGAUAUGGUUCAAAAUUUGAUACUAAGGGAAGGACAAGAGUUAAGUCAGCCAAAUGAUGAACAUGAGGGGCAAACCCACGAUAUGCUUCUUGAACGUGCUACAGAAAUGAUUAAGGAGAGUAUGAAUGUAAGCAACGAUUUUAUGGAUGGAGUAAACCGACUUAGCGAGGAGGAGGAGGAGGAGGAUCAGGUGGUAUCUGAUGUCCCUGAUACGUCUCCGCAUACUGAGGUCGUAUCUUUAAAGAGUGAAAGUGAAAUUGAAAGUGAUGAGGAGGAUAACGGUGAUGAUAUGGAAUUUGUUGAUGAUAAUGAAGAUGACGAUUACCACGGCAGUGAUAAUGAGAAAGAAAAUGAUUCUGAUGGCUUUGAACUAUAUGAUUAUGACAGUGGCUUAGAAAAUGAGAAGAGUAGCAGUGAGCGUGAGGAUAUUGUUAUUGGCAAAUUCAGUGGUCCCUUGAAGCGUGGUGAAGAUGGAGACUAUUACGUGGAUUUACCUAAGGCUGGACGUCGAUCUCGACGCAACUUUGGCUUUGAAGAGCUGAAGACAUCGUCGUCGUCCUCAGUUCAACUAGUCAAGCCACGGCUUUCGUUAGAUGGAGAACCCGAUGUCAUGAUAAGUGAUGAUGAGCCGUCUGAAUUUGGAUUUCUUCCAGAGGAUUAUGUUUCUUUUGAUGUUACGCAGAUUAGAAUUGAUAGUAUACGAAAAGGAGCAGGAGAUGAUGCUCAAUAUCAUGUAUCAGCACCAAUACUCUUUGGAUUUGAAGACUUCACUUGGACAUCGCAAGAAGAGCUGAAGGAAUCUAUGGUGAGUCAAGGUCUUCCUGAAAAGAGAUUCGGUGCUUUUAUCCAGUAUGCUACCAAGGAAUUACGGGAAGACUCAGAUGACAUCGAAAGUGAGCUUAGUGAUGAGAUGCUGGAAGGGAUAGAUGAUAUGAUUGCCUUUCAGAGUAAUAGAUUAAGGGUUGUCAACGAUCCAAUAGAUAUUGGUACGCAUUCACUCUCUGUCCACGGUAAAGGCAGGCAUAGACAGCUUGAGGUCCCAGAUGAUGUGGAUGGCAAGACUCGAGAGCAGUUGAUCAAGCAAUUUGAAAACAAAAUUGAAGGUAAAAGAUUAAAAAGGGUUAGAAACUACACGGAUGACGAGACUAGCGAGGAUACCUUUCUUCACAGUAGUGAUUCUUACUACCUACUAAAAAAGUACCCCUACGAGAUGCGAAUUGAAGAUUUCAGGGUAGAACUAGAAGAUUUCGUCACUGAUAAGAGCAGAAACUCGAUGAGAUUCCCUCCAAUGGACUCUCAUGGAUGCAUGACAUUACGAGAUUUAUCCAAAGCAUAUCAUAUUAAGGCGCGUAAAUUUGGCAACAGUCCCGAGAGCUAUGUGGUGAUGAUUAAAACUUCAGUCGCAAAGAGACUCAAACCGGAUUACAAGGAGGUGGAUAAGUUGAUGCAAAGGCGUAGAAUUUUCUUUAGGAGUGACACAGGAUUGACAAAAUUGGAGAAGCAGCAGUUGAAAAGAUUACUCAGUGAUAAAGAUACCAGUGAACAGAAGCGCAAAAAGGAGCGGAAAGGAGCUUUUACAUAUAAAGAAGGAGAUGUUGUAGGAGAAAAUGCCAGUGAAAUUGGGCCGGAAAGUAUUGGAAGACAGUUAUUGGUAAAAAUGGGUUGGCAGAAAGGUGAGGCUUUGGGUGCGGAAGGUAAUAAAGGCAUUAUAGAGCCUAUCAUGGCGGUUGUUAAAAACACAAAGGCCGGUAUCAGGUGA